GGUUCCAAAACGGGUGCGAUUCUGAACCGACAUCGCCACUUCCGUCGAUGCGUAAGUGUGAAACUACGCAAGCUGCGUACUAUAGAAAAAAAGGCGUAGGUGAUAGCGCUCUGCCUUCCACAGUCGCAAAGCUUCACUUAAAAUCCCCAACUCCGUAGUCAUUUGAGGAUUUGAGUCUCUCAUCCUCAAUCGCCAUGGGUUCCGAUGCAGACAUGGAGGAUUAUGGAUUUGAGUACUCAGAAGAGGAGCCUGAGGAGCAGGAUGUUGAUAUUGAGAAUCAAUAUUACAAUUCUAAAGGUUUGGUUGAGACUGAUCCAGAAGGUGCACUUGCUGGCUUUGCUGAAGUAGUUCGCAUGGAACCAGAGAAGGCAGAGUGGGGAUUUAAAGCUCUAAAACAAACAGUCAAGCUUUAUUAUCGGUUAGGGAAGUAUAAAGAGAUGAUGGAAGCCUACAGGGUGAUGUUGACCUAUAUUAAAUCUGCAGUGACACGAAACUACAGUGAAAAAUGCAUCAACAACAUCAUGGAUUUUGUUUCUGGAUCAGCUAGCCAGAAUUUUGGGCUUCUGCAAGAGUUUUACCAGACCACUCUGAAGGCCCUUGAAGAGGCAAAAAAUGAGAGAUUGUGGUUUAAGACAAAUCUUAAGCUUUGCAAGAUUUGGUUCGACAUGGGUGAAUAUGGGCGAAUGAAUAAGAUUUUGAAAGAACUUCACAAAUCUUGUCGAAGAGAAGAUGGUACAGAUGAUCAAAAGAAAGGAACCCAACUUUUGGAAGUAUAUGCAAUUGAGAUUCAAAUGUAUACUGAGACCAAGAAUAACAAAAAACUCAAGCAACUAUACCAGAAAGCACUUACAAUCAAAUCAGCCAUACCCCAUCCAAGAAUAAUGGGGAUAAUUCAUGAAUGUGGUGGGAAAAUGCAUAUGGCAGAGCGCCAAUGGGCAGAUGCAGCAACUGACUUUUUUGAAGCUUUUAAGAAUUAUGAUGAAGCUGGGAAUCAGCGACGUAUCCAAUGCUUAAAAUACUUGGUUCUGGCUAACAUGCUCAUGGAGUCAGAAGUUAAUCCUUUUGAUGGACAGGAGGCAAAGCCAUAUAAAAAUGAUCCUGAAAUUUUGGCCAUGACAAAUCUGAUAGCAGCAUAUCAACGCAAUGAGAUAUUGGAGUUUGAAAAAAUUCUGAAGAGUAAUCGAAGAACAAUCAUGGAUGAUCUCUUCAUCAGAAAUUACAUCGAGGAUCUGUUAAAAAAUAUAAGAACACAAGUGUUGCUCAAGCUCAUCAAACCAUACACGAGAAUCCGUAUCCCUUUCAUAUCAAAGGAGCUGAAUGUGCCAGAGGAAGAUGUUGAGCAGCUGUUGGUGUCGCUGAUUUUGGAUAACCGAAUUCAAGGGCAUAUUGAUCAAGUGAACCGAUUAUUAGAGCGUGGUGACAGAUCGAAAGGAAUGAAGAAGUAUGCAGCAGUGGAGAAAUGGAACACACAGCUUAAAUCCCUUUAUCAAACUAUUAGCAAUCGAGUGGGUUGAGAGUUGUAUUAAAGAAAGGUACAGUGGUUCCCAUCCCGAUAUUUGGUGGUUUUGUGAUGUCAAGUUGAGAGGUACUUCAUGCUGUAUUGGGGAAAAGUUGGCCAAACUACACACAGAUGACAGUAUUUUCAUAUAUUCAUCUUUCUUUUUAAUAAUAUAUCAUUUGAACUUUAUAUCCUCA